AUGCGUCUAACAGCCCUCUUCCCCCUGGCCUGUGCCGUUGUGGCCUUCGUGCUCUCCAUGCUUUGUCUAUUUGCGGGCCACAAGCCUGGCUUCAUGGAGGAUUAUGCCAUUGUGACUCUCAACACCUCUACUCUUGGACAUAACCUCAUUCCAACAGCAACGACCUCAUCUGGACCUUCACCGACUGCGACUUCGAUCGGUUCAUUCUUCAGCAGUAUCGCGCACAACAUCUCAAGCACAAUUGAAGGCGACCUGAACAGUAUAAUUGGCGAUGUUGCAGAUAAGUUGGCAAAAGAAAUCGGCAUCAAGCAAUGGUACAGCCUUCACUUGAUGGAUCUCUGCGAAGGGACAUACGCUCCAAAUGCCACGCAGAAGGGUGCGCAUGAGAACGUGACCACUUGCUCAAACCAAACGGCAAUGUACCAUUUCGACAUCUCCAAGCAACUAAACCAAGAACUCGAAAUCGGCCCUCUACACAUAAACUUGUCCGAUAUCAAUUGGCCAUCCGAGAUCCAAGACGGCCUCAACGCCUUGAACACCGCACUCGAUGCUACUUUCGUCCUCUACGCCAUCGGCAUCGCGGCAGCAGGAUGUGCCAUCCUCGCAUCGCUCGUAGCCUGCUUCCUGCACGGAUCCCACCUGAUCUCAUUCGGCAACUGGGGCCUCGCAACGAUAAGCUUCCUCGCGCUGCUCAUUGCAUCAAUCAUCGUCACCGUCGUCCAGUCGAAAGCCACAAAGCUGAUUAACAAGUACGGGAAUGAGAUUGGUGCGUAUGCGUAUAAGGGAAACAAAUACUUGGUUUUGACGUGGGUCGCGGUUGCGGUUAUGUUCUUGGCGAUGUUGGCGUGGGUUGCGGAGUUUUGUGUGGGGAAGAGGAAUAAAGGGCGUGAGUAUACUGAGAAGUCGUCCGGACGGGGAUGGGGACGAAGCCGGAGGAGUGAUGAGGCUGCGCUGAGGAGGAGUGGUGUUUAG